UCAGGAGGCACCAGAGAUGUGGGGAUGAUGGCUGAGGAAUUGCCAAGUCUGGAGCAGCUCAGAGAAGAGGAGCAGCAGAGAGUUCAAGAGGAAAAAAAGGAAUCCAGUCACUUCUGUUGAUCCACCUCUUCCAUCUCCCCUUGUCUACACAUUAAAGAAGGAGGACACCGAUGGCCAACAAACAAGUUUGGCCCAAAUUGAGGCCCGGGGUUUAACUCUUGCCUCCGACAAGCCGUGUCAGACUGUAAAUGCACAAGAUGGGGCAGCUCUUCUGCCUCAGGGCGUUUCUGAAGAAGCACACCACUGUUAUUCUGUAGAGCCUGGAGAAGACCCCGAAGCAGUAGGCAAUACUUCUCAAGAAUCUUUAGACUCUAGUAGCAAUUUUAUUGCAGCUAAAGAGGAUCAGUUUGUAAACACUCUGGAGCAAUGCACUUUAAUUGAGGAAUGCUUGAAGAAAACACCUGAUGGUCUCACUUUAAAAGAUCAUGAGGUGGGCAGUGUAGACAGUGACUCAGGUAGGGCAGACAUACAAGAAGAAUUAGAGCACAUCUCCUCAGUAAUGGGUGAGAUGGACAGGGAAAAUGGAAUGCCUGGUAAUGUGCUUGAUGAGAACUUGCCACCACAGUCUGCACUAAUUACCUCAGAAAGGAAUUCAGAACUGGAUGACAUGUCCUCAGCAGAUUAUAACUUGAAAGAGUCUUAUGAUAUUUCCAUUGAGCGUUCUAGAGAACAAUCAGUUGUGGAUUCCGCUAAUAUAGGAUUUGUUGAGGAUCCAGAAGAUGGAAAUGUAGGUGCAGAAUAUGAGAGUGACCUCAAGGAACUAAUUGAUUCAGCUUCCACUGACAUUAACUUAGAGAACUCUGGAGAUUUCCAAGGCAUUUCUUCAGUGGUCGAAACUGCUCCUGAGGUAUCUCCACCUACUACCCCCAUUCAGCGUGAAGAGGAUGUCACUGCAGAGAGCUGGCGAACCAAACGGAGGCACGUCUUUGUCCUGAGUGAGGCGGGAAAGCCUAUUUAUUCACGCCAUGGUAAUGAGGAGGCCUUGUCUUCCACCAUGGGUGUCAUGAUGGCGUUGGUCAGUUUUGUCCAGAGUGGCGAUAACUCAAUCCGGUCUAUCCAUUCAGAGAAUCAGAAAGUUGUCUUCCUGCAGCAGGGACCCCUUGUAUUGGUGUCGGUAUCCCGUUCCCGUCAGUCAGAUGAGCAGCUAAGACGGGAGCUUCAGUAUGUUUACUACCAGAUUAUUAGCAUGUUAACUCAGGCCAGCGUAGCUCGAAUUUUUGAAAAGAAGAAGAAUUACGACCUGCGGCGUCUCCUUGUUGGGUCAGAGAAAAUCCUGGACAGCUUGCUGGACUUGUUAGACACUGACCCCGGUUUUCUGUUGGGUGCUGUGCAAUGCCUGGCCUUACCCAGCCCCCUCCGUGAUUCCUUGAGCUCCAUACUGACUAAGGCCAUCACCACCAAUCUGGUGUUUUCCAUAUUGGUGGCUGACCACCAGCUGGUCACUGUAGUACAGGAACGGGCUGUCAUUGAGGACUGUCGCUUGGAUCCUGCUGACCUUCAUCUUCUACUGAACCUAAUCGGGGCCUCCUCAGCCUUCCAAGCUGGUGAGAUCUGGACUCCUAUCUGCCUCCCACGCUUCAACCCUGAUGGCUACUUUUAUGCUUACAUCUCCUACUUAGAUCCACAGUGCACUGUGUGUUUGGUGCUGCUGUCCACUGAUAAAGAUUCCUUCUACGCCGUCUCUGAUUGCAAGGCAAGGAUACAGGAGGCCAUGAACGUACACAACUCUUUGCAGGCUCUUGCUGGUGCGUUGCAAUGCUGCUCAUAUAGUGCGUCUCUUGUGGGUGUGCCAGAACUAUUGCACUUUAUAUACAAACAAUACUGUGUGUCUCUCUACAGCCCUGAGCCUGAUGGCCCAUAUUCCAGUGAGGAGGAGGAGAAGCAGAGAUUGUUUGACCUCUACCGUUAUCUUUAUUGCCGCAUCCACAGCUCAGCAAGACCACUGCGUCUGAUUUACCACGUGGCAGAGAAAGAAACCAUGCUAGCAUGGGUCACCAGCAAAUUUGAACUGUAUACAACGUUCAGCUCCUUAGUGACUAAAGUGGGUGCCAUUAAUGUUAUCACCAAACUUCUCCGUUGGAUCAAGAGAGAGGAAGACCGCCUAUUCAUAAGAUAUCCACCAAAAUAUUCCACGACUCCUCUACCCGGGAAAGGUGGGAAAGCAAGCCGAACAGAUAGGACUGACCCUUCCCAGAAUGGCUUCUUCACUGGACUUUAG